AUGGGUUUCGACUUGGGGACUGUAGAGAGCAAUGGCUUCGUAGAUGGACCCACCUCGUCCUCUCGAGCCUGGGAUCGCGCCGUCGACCUCCCAUCUGAGGAUACGAGCCUGCACCUCUGCUCUAGACAUCGCGUUAUGAACCUGAGGCGCUCCGAUUUCGCGGCAAGACCUCAAGGGCAAGUGCUGCCGCCCGAUUGGCACUUUGGUACGCUCUGGGACGUCAUCCAGCGCAGCGAACAUUGUGUUUUCUGUAAGAUGAUUGCCUCCUCGGUCUCCACGGAUGCGUACAAGCGCGAGGUUGAAGUUCUAGGUUGCUGGGUCCCGGACGUAACAUACGAGGAAGUCGAUGCCAAGACUGAUGCAAAAGCCACCAUGAACACGAUGCGACUGCGUGUUGCGCCAGAGAUGGUGGGUUGGGAGGACGCCUUCGCCCCGUUUGAUAUUGUGCCUUUGGCCAAAGAUGGCGACAAUAUGUUCCAAGGCCGACGCUUCGAUGCAAAAUCGAUCGAUAUUGGACUUUUAAAAACAUGGCUACAGACCUGCGAGGACCAGCACCAGGUCGUCUGCUGGCGCGAGAAGAGGUCUACUGAUAAUCCUCCCGAACAGAAGGCCCGACCGAUCAACCCAUUCAUACGACUUCUCGACCUCGGAGAAAACUGUCUUGUUGAAAAAGCCGACAUUCCCGACUUUGUCGCGCUGAGCUAUGUUUGGGGCAAACGCGGCGUUGUGAACUUUACACUCACAACGAAUAACAUGGACGAACUAAUGAGACCUGGAGGACUUCUCGAAAACAUACCAAAGAUGCCGAAGACAAUUCAAGAUGCCAUCGAACUGACCAAAGCUGUUGGACACAGAUAUCUGUGGAUCGAUUCCCUAUGCAUCAUUCAAGAAGGCAAUUCGGAGGACAAAGGAGUGCAGCUCAAUCUGAUGGACGCCAUCUACCGGAGAGCCUCGUUUACCAUCGUAUCAGCCAACGGAGAAGAUGCCAACGCCAGGCUCUCUGGAGUUUGUGGCAUUGAUAGGAGAAAGGACCAGCACACCGCCGAGUAUUCGGAAGAGCUUACCCUGCUGUCUCUGGUACCCGACUUUGAGGAUGGCGUCGAGAAAAUUUUCUGGAACUCGCGUGGCUGGACAUACCAGGAACGCCUGCUGUCUCGUAGACUCAUCACGUUCACGGACGACACAGUCUAUUUCCAAUGCGGCCAGAUGACCUGCAGCGAGGAUUUCAACAUGCUUCGUGCCGACGUGACUCAGAGUGCUUCCCAACAGACCAUCACACUCUCCCGCGGAGAGGCACCGCCAACGCUAUCACGGCGGAGUCAGUAUCGCCUAGGCAUAUCGCCUGGAUACUACUAUCGCAUGGUGACGGAAUAUACUUCUCGAGAGAUGAGCCACGCCGACGACAGGGUGAACGGGUUCAAGGGUAUUCUCAACGUCAUUGAGAAAGCCACCGCUUACAAGGACGUGUUCGUAUGGGGUACAUGGGCAAAGGAACUGCUUGCAUACUCGCUUCUAUGGCAGCCACGACAGGAACUUUCCAGAGUUUACAAAUACAAGUCCGACCCGCCGCUUCCGAUCUACCCAACAUGGUCGUGGGCAGGAUGGACGGGAGCGGUCAAAUUCGACGAUCUCUACGACUGGAACGGCUUGCCACCUUUGAAGAGCCCAUUCGAUAGGGUUCGACCGGCAGAAUGGGGUGUCACUGUUGAGCUUAACAAAACUGGUAACCAGCCAGAAGACAACUACCACUUGCGACUGCGAACAAGGGUGGGAAAGUUCAGGUUGACUCUACACGAUAGAAGCGGCGCUCUGAAAGCGCCCUCGUUACCAGACGUCAAGGGGCCUUACCCUGUGAGAUUCGGUGUUACGCACGUUGACGCACCACUUAACGGGGGCGAAGAGGAGUGGCUUGGCACUAUUCUGAUGCCUAAAGAGCACCGACAACUGAAGCGGCUGCAAGAGACGUAUGAGUUUGUUGUCCUUUCUGACUCAUAUGGGUUCUCGGGCGAGGAGCUCUCGAGGCAUGCUUCUCAGAAGCCCUGGGAUGUUGUUGACGUUAUGCUGAUCUUCAGAACGGCGACAAGCGUGAGUGACCUUGGCAGUCUCCCCGUUGUUCAAAGAGCCGGGGUGGGCAGAAUCCUCAAAUCAGCAUGGGACAAUGCCCCAUUAGAGUUGCAGGAGAUGUUAGUUGAAUGA